AUGAAUAGCGCCAAGAAGAUACAGCGUGUAGCCAUCGUAGGCGGAGGAGGCAUCGCCGGUCUAGCUGCAAUCAAGCACUUGAAAGACUCGUUCGAAAUUGCUGCAUUCGAACGCUUUGAUUACAUUGGAGGAAUUUGGCACGUCGAGGAGACUCAACUAUUGCUUGCAUUCGCAAUGCACUACACUGAGCAAACCAGCUCCGACAUAACUUCAUUAAGAACACCCUUACCAGACGCAACAGAACAAAUCACGUCCGCCAUUUAUCCAAAUCUGGUAACGAAUCUCCCACCAGAUCUAAUGUCUAUACGAGGCUUUCCAUUCAAACAUCCCGACACGUUUCCACAUCAUCGUGCAGUCUUGAAGUACAUUCACGAGCUUUCCGACCAUUUCCAGUUAAAGAAACAUAUUGUAUUCAAUACCAUUGUUACGGAUGUGAGAUACCAGGAUGGGUUUUGGAUUGUGAAAAGGAUGGCAGCGAAGAAUGGAGUUGUUGUUGGGAGUCAGGUUGUUGAUGAGAGGUUUGAUGCUGUUGUAGUUUGUAAUGGCCAUUAUUCGGCUACGUAUGCUUCUGAUAUACCUGUCGAUUCUUUCAAAGGACGAGUGAUUCACUCUCACGAUUAUCGCCAUGCUUCAGAGUUUAAGGACAAGGUUGUGGUAGUGGUCGGUGCAGGACCUAGUGGACUAGACAUUGCCAACGAAAUAUCAAAAAUCACAAAAUCAUACUUGUCAGUUCGGAAUCCAACUGCACUUCACCCACUGUUUGCCGGUUCAAACGUGAAUCUAGUCCCUCAAAUCAAAUCUAUAGACGAACAUCUGAUUACAUUUUCAGACCGGCAGCAAGUCAGAGCAGACAUCCUUUUAUUAGCUACAGGGUAUCUCUAUUCGUAUCCUUUCUUGAAAUCAAUACCUGAUUUGAUCACUGAUGGUAAAACGGUACAUAAUCUGUACAAGUACCUGUUUUAUAUACCGAAUCCUACGCUGGCUUUCCCUGGUUUGCCAAUGAAGAUUGAACCAUUCACAAUCGUAGACUACCAAUGUCAGGCCAUCAAACAAGUCUUUAGCGGAGAAGCUAAACUACCCAGUAUAGAGGCCAUGAGACAGUUUGAAGUAGAAAAGGCCAAAACGAGAGGUGUGGCACUAGACUCUCGAAAAUACAUGGGAUUUGACCCGUUACGUUCACAAGUUGAUUAUCAUAUGAGUCUAGUGAAAGAAUUCGGUGGGCCGCCUGUUGAUGAGCCCGAAGAGAAGGUGAAGAGACGUGAGAGGAUCUUUGACGAGAGACGACGAAUAUAUAGCCAUAAGCUAUGA